CCCUGGUGCAAGCCAUUGCUGAGUUGAUUUCCCUCCUCUCUCCUCGUCUCUACCAAGCUUCUUCCCAACAGCACAAUCCCUUCCAAUGAGGCGCAAGGUUGUCAACAGGUCGACCCACUUUGAUCCUGACCUGAUGAGAAAAACAGGCCGCACGCACCCGUUGGGUCGACCGCUACAAGCUAUCGGGUUGGAGGUCAAAUUGUGUCAUUUUUUUUUUGGUUUACGAAAUGCGCCUAUUUUCCGAAUUUUCUUUUCGCCUAACUCAACCUUUGGAAUCCUUAGUCGAACAUUUGAAUAUUGAUGUUAUAUAAGUGUGUGUGAAUUUUCGGCUAUAUGUUGGAUCUAAGUACGACAUGUUACUUUGGUGUAAUGUUAUAUGUUAUUACUCAUAUAACAUAUGACAUUUGAUAUAAUUUAUCAGGAUAAGUACAAUAUAAUGACUCUUUUCAUAUUUUCGGACUGAAACGGGUGACCCGUUAACCCUUACCCACUAGCUCGACCGGAUCCGGGUCAACCCGCGGGUUGACAACGCGGGAAGAAGAAGACCCGGUUGUUGGUCUAGUGGGACAAAUGCAGGGAAGGCGGAUCACAGUGUACAUCUGAGCAACAAUCCAGUCCUCGGUGGUUGAAUCAACACCGGUAAACAGAUCCGGCCAUCUCACUUUGGCAGCCUAAUACAAAGAAAACCCAAACAAACACACUCCAGGCGACCGAACAGAAGGUGAAGGGAAGAAGAGACGGGAGUGGAGGAGGAGACGGACCUUAACGGCGGAGAGAGAGCUUUCUCCGCAGCUGUCGCAUAGAACUCCAUCGAAAUCCAAGGGGUAGAGAUCACCCAUUUUCUUGAGUCUCUUCUCUUCUCUGCUUCUGCUUCUGUUCCUCAAUUUUGAAGAUAGGAGGAUCGGUCUCUGCCGAUUACCCGCCACUCGCCGGCUCCGUGUAAGUUUUGUCAUAGAAAAGCCUCCCCAUUUAGUGCAUAACCGCAAUCCCCACACACUGCUCUCAAUUUCUCCGUCGUGGACCAGAUCCGAAGUCUCAGUCAUUGCCACUCGGGCGGCCACCCUUCUCCGUCUCUCUGCAGCCUCGAUCGCCAGUCUAGCGGCUAGCCUCCAAGCUUGCAGCUUCCGGACAGCUCCUUUCGCAAUUUGUAUCCGUCUUCGUUCUCUUUUUUUAAUCUGGUAAUCUCGCUGCCUUCUAUUGUUUUUUUUGCUGAAGGACUGAGCCAUCUCAUUUUUUGGGUCUUCUUCGAUUUUGUCGUUUGCUCGUUAACCAUGUUUGGAAAAUUAACUAGACUUAGGUGAGGAACGAACCUUGAUUGAAGCUCAAGAACAAGUUUAUGAAUUUGUUGUCCCAUCUUCCCAAAUUGUGUGGUGGGCAUCUUGUUAAUCAUUCGUAGACCAGUAUUGCCUGUAGAUACUGAACUGAUUCAAAUGGGUUGGCAAUGUGGACUUAAGCUGCAGAUGGGAGAAAUCGAGCAGAAGAGGAAAACAGUGUUUGUGACAGUAGGAACAACGUUAUUUGACGCUCUUGUAAAAGCUGUUGAUACUGAACAAGUUAAACAUGAGUUGCAGCGAAGAGGUUACACCCACCUUCUCAUUCAAAUUGGCCGUGGAUCCUACAUUCCGGACAAGUGUGAAGGAGAAGGUGGAUCUCUUGGGGUUGAUUAUUUCACUUUCUCAUCAAGCAUUGCAGAACAUCUUAGAUCAGCAUCUCUUGUCAUCAGUCAUGCAGGUUCAGGGAGCAUAUUCGAGACUUUAAGGCUUGGCAAACCUCUCAUCGUAGUGGUGAAUGAAGACUUGAUGGAUAAUCAUCAAUCUGAACUUGCUGAAGAACUAGCCGAGAGGAAACAUUUAUACUGCGCACAUCCACAAACGUUGCUUGAGACGAUCGCGGAUAUGAAUUUGGAGUCUCUCCUUCCAUAUCCUGCUGGUGAUGCCAAGCCUGUGAUUAAUUUAAUCAACAGAUUUCUAGGUUUCCCAGAUGAUUGAUGAGCCUGUAGAAUAUUGUGAUUCAAGCAGAAAUUCCAAAGCUUCGCCAUUCAGUUGGAUUUGACUCUGUACAUUUUCCUUGCGCCUAACAUGGAUCUUUGGGUGGAAUUGGGACAGUAAGAUACAGAUUUUGAGUUAAGAGAACAAACUCGCGCCAUUGAAGUAGACUAACUCGGUAUAUGUGCUCUUGAUCUGCAGAACUCGGUACGUUACUAGAAUAUGAGACGAUCAUAUAAGAUUAAUUCGAUGGGGUUCUGGCUUCACUCAACUAUAUACCUGCCAGCCACCUCUCUGAAAGCUACUUCUGCCUCCCCAGCAUCCAUCAUGAGAUGUUGUAAUGUAAAACAGUAGUGGGGGGACUAUAUAGUAUCUGGAUAGGACGAGGCUGAACCUAGCAGUUACCUUUAGCAAAUUGUCAAUCUUGUUGAGAGAAAGUGAACAGACUCACGCCAUUGACGGUAGGCUAAUUCGGUAUGUGCUCUUGAUCUGCAGAACUCGAUGUUACUAGAAUAUGAGACGAUCAUAUAUAAGAUUAAUUUUUGAUAUGUAUCUGAUUGCGCAAAUAUCCCUAACAUUUGGGCUUACUCAUUGCACCACCAUAAACAAAACCAGCACCACCAUAAACAAAACCAGCAAAAGAGA